AUGGCCGUGAUGACGAUGCCAGACACCCAAGUUCUCACGCCUCAAGCAUCAGCAUCCGACCGCAGACAAGAUAGCAGCCAUGGGUCAGGAGCACGGCUGCAUGAGCGGCAAAUAGCCGCGCCGAUCCUGCAGGAAAAGCACGUCGCGACCACGUCCCGGCUGGAGAUUUGGUCCUGGUACGCCUACUACGUCGGCGCGAACGGCAUCGGACCCUUCAACUUUGCGCCGACCGCCUUCCAGAACCUCCUCGCCCAGGCCGCCGCGCUCUACGGACCGGACGCCAACUCGCUGCCCUUUGCCGGCCGCGUGCGCGACGUCAACAGCAUCGUGCUCUUCUGCAACGGCGUCGCCUUCGCCAUCCAGACGGGCCUCUUCCUCGUCAUCGGCGCCUACGCCGACUUUGGCACCGGCCGCCGCUGGCUGCUCCUCGGCACGUCGGUGCUCGCCUACGCGGUCGGCUUCGCCUGGGUCGGCGUGCACGACGUCUCGCGGUGGCGCGUGGCCGCGGCGCUCUACAUGGCCGGCUCCGUCACCUACCAGCUCGCCACGGCCUACUGGAUCGCCGCCUUUCCGGCGCUCGCCCGCAACACCCGCCAGCUCAAGGAGGCGCGCGCGGAGCAUGGCCGCGGGGCCAUCGGCGCCGAGGAGCUGGCCCGCCGCGACGAGCUGGAGCGCAGCCGCCUGAGCAACGUUGCCUUUUGGGCGCAGUCGGCGGUCGAGAUUGCGCUGCUGGCGGUCAUCGUGGGCGUGAUGCGCGGCGUCCAGGGCGGUGCCGGAGAUGACAAUAACUGGGCGCUGUCGGUGCUGAUCGCGUUCGCGACCGGGUUCUGGCUGAUCCUGUCGGUGCCCUGGUUCUUCAUCGAGAAGACGCGCCCGGGGCUGGCGGUGCCGCCGGGCAAGACGAUGCUCACCGUCGGCGCGUGGCAGCUGCGGGAGGCGUUCACGCAGAUGUGGCGGCUGAAGCAGAGCCUAAUCUUCCUGGCCGGCUACUUCCUCCUCGGCGACGCUCUUAACACGACCGUCACGCUGGUCGGCACGCUGCAGAACGAGAUCGUGAACUACGACAGCCUGCAGCUCACCUAUUUACUAAUCGUCAACAUCGCCGCGCAGACGGUCGGCAUCGGGUCCUUCUGGCUGAUCCAGAAGCGGUACAACCUGCGGCCCAAGACCAUGUUCGCCGCCAUCAUGGUCGGCGUCAUCCUGCUCGACGCCUGGGGCAUGGUCGGCAACUGGACGACGCGCUUCGGCGGCUUCCAGACCGUCGCGGAGAUCUGGGCCUACCAGGUCUUCUACGGGCUCUUCGUGUGUCCCUGGUACAGCUACGCGCAGAUCAUGAUCAGCUCCGUCACGCCGCGCGGGUACGAGUACCUCUUCUUCUCCCUCUUCAGCGUCGUCGGGAAGGCGUCCAGCCUGACGGGGCCGCUAAUCAGCAGCGCCAUCAUCGACGCGUCACCGGACCGGGGGCCGAGGGGCAAGAGGGCGCCGUUUUACUUCCUGUUCGCCCUGAGUCUGGUCAGCGCGCUGGGGCUCUUCUUCUUCCUGGACUUGGAUAAGAGCGCGAGGGAGCAGAACGAGUUUCUCGCGGAAAAGGCGGCUCGCGUCUAUGGCGUCCUUGAUGGCCAAGACGAGCAGGUGGACGGCGUGAACAAGGGGUUGAGGCGAGCAAUCGCGUAG